UUCGCUCUCAGACAUGGACUCGCUCGGAGCGGCACAGAAUAUGGACCUCUGACUGAUUUACCCGACUGGUCGUUUGCAGAUGGAAGACCAGCUCCACUGCUGAAGGGCCAGCAGAGACGAAAACAAGAGAGAGAAGUUUUAGCUAGACGUAUCGUGAUGCUUAACAAUGAGGUGGACAAAGGAAUAGAGAGGUUGAAGGAAAAACAGGAGGAGGCCAAAAGACUGGAGGAGCACAAAAAGUCUCUUUUGCUAAAACCUAAAGGGAGGCUACUUCUGAAGAAAAAACCUGAAAGUUAAAACUGACCAUCGUGUGAUAACCUCAUGUUGAUGUUCAGCUCAGUGCAAACGUUUCUGAGGAUGUCUGUGUUUUCUGUUUGUGUCUUCUGAAAUAAAUGUUUCUGAUUUUAUAAUUAGAA